UCUUAAGGCGGCGCGUCUGGAGUUGUUCGUUCCUUCCGGUGGGCUCAUGGUCUCGCUGGCUUCAGGAGUGAAUCUGCAGACCUUCGCGGUGAGUGUUACAGCUCAUAAAAGCAGUGUGGACCCAAAGAGUGAGCAGCAGCAAGAUUUAUUGCAAAGAGCAAAAGAACAAAGCUUCCACAGUGUGGAAGGGGACCCCAGCAGGUUGCCAAGGCUGGCUCGGGCAGCCUGCUUUUAUUCCCUGAUCUGGCCCCCACCCACAUCCUGCUGAUUGGUAGAGCCCAGUGGUCUGUUGUGACAGGGCGCUGAUUGGUGCGUUUACAAUCCCUGAGCUAGACACAAAGGUUCUCCACCUCCCCACCAGAUUAGCUAGAUACAGAGUGUCCACACAAAGGUUCUCCAAGGCCCCAGCAGAGCAGCUAGAUACAGAGUGUCCAUUGGUGCAUUUACAAACCCUGAGCUAGACACAGGGUGCUGAUUGGUGUGUUUACAAACCUUGAGCUAGAUACAAGAGUGCCGAUUGGUGUAUUUACAAUCCCUGAGGUAGACAUGAAGGUUCUCCAGGUCCCCACCAGACUCAGGAGCCCAGCUGGCUUCACCCAGUGGAUCCCGCAUGGGGGCUGCAGGUGGAGCUGCCUGCCAGUCCCGCUUCCUGCGCCCACACUCCUCAGCCCUUGGGUGGUCAAUGGGACUGGGCGCUGUGGAGCAGGGGGCGGCGCUCAUCGGGGAGGCUCGGGCGGCACAGGAGCCCAUGGAGGGGGUGGGAGGCUCAAGCAUGGCGGGCUGCAGGUCCCGAGCCCUGCCGCGCGGGAAGGCAGCUAAGGCCCGGCGAGAAAUCGAGAGCAGCGCCGGUGGGCUGGCACUGCUGGGGGACCCAGUACACCCUCCGCAGCCGCUGGCCCGGGUGCUAAGCCCUCAUUGCCCGGGGCCAGCAGGGCCGGCCGGCUGCUCCGAGUGCGGGGCCGCCAAGCCCACGCCUACCCGGAACUCCAGCUGGCCCGGAAGCGCCGCACGCAGCCCCUGUUCCGGCUCGCGCCUCUCCCUCCACACCUCCCUGCAAGCUGAGGGAGCCGGCUCCGGCCUUGGCCAGCCUAGAAAGGGGCUCCCACAGUGCAGCGGUGGGCUGAAGGGCUCCUCAAGUGCCGCCAAAGUGGGAGCCCAGGCAGAGGAGGCACUGAGAGCGAGCGAGGGCUGUGAGGACUGCCAGCACGCUGUCACCUGUCAAUAGGAAAAGACGGUAAAAGCCGCGCCCCAAUCACGUACUGCCGCGCCAGGGCCGCGGGACAUCUCGGGAUUUGUGGUCCACCCGGCGGAACUCGCGGUCCCGGCAGGCACCGCGGGGGCGGCUGGGCGACGUGGCGCGGCCGGCUGCGGCUGCGCAGGCAGGUGGAGCAAGAUGGCUGUGGAGCUGGGCGUGCUGGUCGUCCGGCCCCGGCCCGGAACCGGGCUGGGUAGAGUGAUGCGGACCCUCCUGCUGCUGCUGUGGCUGGCGACGCGCGGAAGCGCGCUCUACUUUCACAUCGGAGAGACGGAGAAGAAGUGCUUUAUUGAGGAGAUCCCGGACGAGACCAUGGUCAUAGGAAACUACCGGACGCAGCUGUAUGACAAGCAGCGGGAGGAGUACCAGCCGGCCACCCCGGGGCUUGGCAUGUUUGUGGAGGUGAAGGACCCAGAGGACAAGGUCAUCCUGGCCCGGCAGUAUGGCUCCGAGGGCAGGUUCACUUUCACUUCCCAUACCCCUGGCGAGCACCAGAUCUGUCUUCACUCCAAUUCCACCAAGUUCUCCCUCUUUGCUGGAGGCAUGCUGAGAGUUCACCUGGACAUCCAGGUAGGUGAACAUGCCAACGACUAUGCAGAAAUAGCUGCUAAAGACAAGUUGAGUGAGUUGCAGCUACGAGUGCGACAGCUGGUGGAACAAGUGGAGCAGAUCCAGAAAGAGCAGAACUACCAGCGGUGGCGAGAGGAGCGCUUCCGGCAGACCAGUGAGAGCACCAACCAGCGGGUGCUGUGGUGGUCCAUUCUGCAGACCCUCAUCCUCGUGGCCAUUGGUGUCUGGCAGAUGCGGCACCUCAAGAGCUUCUUUGAAGCCAAGAAGCUUGUGUAGCUGUCCCAGGCGUCACAACCCAUCCUCCCAGGCUGGGGGAGAAAGGACCUCCUGGAACUGACUUCUUCUGUCAGGAGGACUGGUUUCCAGCCGUACCUGUUCUGGAAGGGAGAGGGGCUGGAGGCACCCACAGGCACAAGCUGAAGGCAGCAGCUUGGCUAAUACUGAGCAGGUGGUGGGGCAAAUUCCUGCCCUCUCUCUCUGGCCUCUGGGCCCUUUGGCAGUAAUCACCCAGGGGCUGGUAAAGCCCCUCCUCUUGGCACCUCAGAAUCACAGUGUUACUGAUCAGGGAUGUGAGGCUGCUGUUGGGGGUGGGGGAAGGGGAAUGGGCAGGCAAGCCAGUCUUAUGUCUUCCUUUGCUAACUUAGGGUUUUGAGCAGGUUGGGGUAUGGUGCCUGUCAUACCCACCUGCCACCCUGGGAACCUCACUGUUCUCUCUUUCAGCCUAGACCUGCUGAUCCAGGGUGUGUGUGAGUUGAGGGUGGGUGGAGGGGUUUGCAGUGUGGGAAUGUGGCCCUGCAGUUGACCUGAGCUGCUUCACAUGGUUGUCCAUUCUGGGGCUUAAAGAACUGGGACCAGACCAAGUAGAGGCCUUGGUGCUGGUUGGGGUGGGGCCUGCAGAGUCUUAGUUACUGAUUUCAUUUUCAAUAAAUUUAGGUUUGUUACAUGAGUUUCCCAAUAAAAAAAAAAAUGA